AUGGAAGGGAUGUACUCUCCGACUCGGGAUCCUAAGAUUCCGGCCGAGGGGAAGAGCGCGGCCUUUGCGCACUGGGUGUCCGGCUACUAUGCUCACUCACCUUCCCUCCUUUCCUCCUUCCCGUCUGUGACGCUUGACGAGUUGCGCAAGGGAAUCGCCGAGGCGCCUAUCAGGGACCCGCCCCCGAACCGUGUGCCCUCUGUGGUCAACAUGUCAGCGGAGGAGCUCGCGGAGAUCACAGACCCGGCAGUCAUCACGCGCUCACACCCUCUCUAUUACAACGUAGACCCAGCGCUGUGCAAGGAGAACCUGGAUGCUGCGUUGCUGGAUGCGUCGACGUGUCCCCGCCUCCGCGUAUCGUUGGUGUGGUGCGACAUGUCCCCUCCGGAGACAGUGAUGUCUACCUGGUAUCUCGCGAGGCAGAUCCAGGACCUUUGGCCUUCGAACGCGAGGAAGAUCGACGUUGUGCGGUUUGAAGGAGCUAACCAUUUCCCGCAUUGGGACGAGCCGGACCGUACCAUGAACCUCCUGGCCAAAUUGAUCUGA